AUGCUGCUGAACCCUGUCACCACCACUCCCUUCUCGGUCAAUGACAUCCUCAGGCUGGAGCGCGAGCAGAGUGGCCCUGAGGCCUUGAAACUCCGGGGAGCACGGAGAAGCCCGGAAAACUCUCAGUACUGGCGACUGGUCCCAGAACCUAGGUCAGAGGUUCACAACUCCGAUGGCGGAGGCCGCGGCCAAAGGGACAGAACGCAGGACUUGGGGCCUCCUGGGGAUCCCGGUGAGACGGUCGCAGAGAUUCACGCGGAACUGGUCGGAAUGCCAAGGCCCGGCCGCAGCGCAGCCUCGCCCCUCGGCGGCGGGACCCGGGUGCCGGAGCGCGACGAAGGCCACGGCGGGGACGGCGCCGAGCAGCGGCGGGAGCGGCAGCGGCGGAAGCCUCGCGUGCUCUUUUCGCAGGCGCAGGUGGGGGCUCUGGAGCGUCGUUUCAAGCAGCAGCGGUACCUGUCGGCGCCGGAGCGCGAGCACAUGGCCGGCGCACUGCAGCUCACGCCCACGCAGGUCAAGAUUUGGUUCCAAAACCGGCGCUACAAGUGCAAGAGGCAGCGCCAGGACAAGUCCCUGGAACUGGCGGGCCGCCCGCUAACGCCGCGCCGCGUGGCGGUGCCCGUGCUGGUGCGAGACGGCAGGCCCUGCCUGCGCCCCGGCGCGGCGGCUUUUCCCGACCCCUACGGCGCGGCCGCAGCGCUCUUCUCCUCCUACGGGGGCUGUGCGGGCGCCCCCUUCAGCGCGGGCUACUGCGCGGGCUACGCCGUCGCGCCCCCGGCGCCUGCGCCACCUGCACCCCUGGUCGGUGCGUGCUUCGGCGCGGGUGGCUCGAGCGCCAGCCCGCAGAGCCAUCUGCCGGCCACGCUGCGGGGUGUGCGGGCCUGGUGA